CGAGUCGAUCAGCAACGCUCCAUGUUUAUGGAUCACUUUUUCCUUCGCCCCAGUCCCGCACUUGCGUAAUGAUAAUGAAGUGGAAAGUUGAAUCUCGGGAGCGGGUGCGCUACCAAAGAAAAGUAAAGACGUUAACACCGCCGACAACACGCGGAGCGCAUAUUAAUAAUUUCUCCAGUUCUUCGCCCCUGCCGUGGAAAGCGAAAUGCGAACAUCGCCGCAACUAUUCCUCCCGCAGCCGGUAGCCUCUUUCUUGCUUCCCGGCUGCGACUCCUCGCCGCUACUCCCCACAUUCAUGCAUCAUGCACGAACUAGUGCGUGCCAUGAAUUAGCUCCGUCAGAUGCACUCGUCUCCGGAAUCUCGUAACGUCGAGAUACCACGCGAAUUAGAAAUGCUCCGCGGAGACUCGGCCCUCGCCGCGGCUUACCUGGUGGCACAAUUAACAUUUACGAUCCUCUAAUUCGACGUGAAUUCGACGUUCGCAGAAACUCAAGUACCGGCCAACAGCGAUAAUAAUGCGACUUCCGGUCUGCCCGACAAAUGCUCCGUUUCUGCUGGUAGAGAAUGAGACUCGAUGCUCGUCACUCUCGUGUUUAUAUAUUUUUUUUUUCAUGCGAAAAUAACACACGAAAAAGGACAGAGUGGGAAAAAUCAUUGUUUUUGGAGAGAACUGUCAACGCGUUCGUUUGUCUGUAGAAUAUAAAACGUCAAAAUGUUGACAGCAAUGGUGAAAAUCUGACGUGAAUAUCGAAUAAUGCGUUUAUAAAAAAACCAAUAAAUACAUCAAAAUUGUAAGUUUGUAUCGAGACAUUAAAAUCCCUCGAAAUGGCUGGUGCUCAAGAGCCAUCCAACAAGGAAUCCCAACCUGGAAACCCCGGCUGUUGUCCUCACUACCGAUAUCGAUGUGGCGAGACCUACGGCGGACUCGCUCGUAAAUCGUUGUACGAUCCGACGAGCAAUCAGUCCGAAGAGCUCGUUUUUUCGAACCGUGUCAGCGACGAUUACGAGAUCCAGAGACCAGCGAAGAAUGACAUCGACAUCGUGAACUCGCGGUUCAAGCGGACCGAUCCAAUCUACAAGUAUCCGUUGGUUCCCCGUUACGAAGGAUUUAUGCCAAACAUUAAAGGCAUACUCGGUCAGAGAUUUACCGUUGAGGGGAUCGAGGGUCUCGCCGAAUUCGAACGUCAGCAACUACGUAACCGGGAAGCCUCCAAUCAAUUACACAGAAUUUCGGCGCUCCAAAACGAUCGAGGCGAACCUCGCAAUGUCGAGGAUCGGCUGCUUGCCAAGAGCGAGUUCAAGCUGCCGCUGAUAGCGAUUCGUCCCGAUUGCGUUGGAGCAGCGGACACUCUUACGAUCGACGAGCAGUGCGAAACGCCGAGAGACCAUGCGCCGUCGCCUUAUUUCAUGGAGAAUACGAACCCGGAGAAAUACUUCGUCAGCGGAUACACGGGCCACAUACCCUACGGUUACGCGCACUUCGGUGCAACUCAUUCCGCCUCCACGAACAGCGCGCUGUGCGAUUUCACAACGAAUUACCGCAUUCGCCAGAGCACCGAGUGGGCUCCGGUCACGAUCUCUCGUCCUGAUCCCCCGAUCCUCCUUCAACCGACCGAAAAGUAUCACAAGAACAUCGGCCUCAUACCCAAUUAUUUCGGACACGUACCCGGUGCCAAUUUCAGAUUCGGAAAAACUUUCGGAUGCGAUACGAAGGAUGCGAAAAGAUGGCUGCGCGGUGAUUUUACCGUAUAAAAAACCGACGAAUUUACCGUGUACGCAGCUCAAUAAAAUAAAAUUUUUUGAUCGUUUUUACGUACAAAAAUA